UCCAUGGGGAAAUGAGCAAUGCGGGUACCAAACUGGUUGUCGUUGACUUUACAGCAACUUGGUGUGGCCCAUGCCAGAGAAUUGCACCUGUGUUCGAGCAACUUUCAGUGAAAUAUCCGAAUGCGGUUUUUCUGAAGGUUGACGUAGAUAAAUGUGCAGAAACAGCUGCAGGACAAGGUGUAAGCGCGAUGCCUACAUUUAUUUUCUAUCGCAAUAGAACAAGACUUGGUCUCUGCCAAGGUGCUGAUCCUUCUGGGCUUGAAUCAAAGAUUCAACAUUUCUAUGGUACUGGAGAUGCAGAUGAAAAUGAAGGACCUGUUGCAGGACACAUGGAUCUCAGCACAUUCAUAAUGAAAGCUCAAUGUGAAUGCCUCAACGAAUCUGACGAGCACUUCUUUGCUCAUUGCUUGACAUCUGAAGAUGGAUAUUUAGAGAGUGAUUGUGAUGAACAGUUGAUCAUGUCAAUCACUUUUAUGCAAGCUGUGAAGGUUCAUUCUUUGAAAAUUAAGGCGCCUGUGGAUAAGGGACCAAAGACAUUAAAACUCUUCAUUAAUCAGCCAAGAACUAUUGAUUUUGAUAUGGCUGGAUCGAAUACCAGUAUACAAGAUAUCACUGUCUCUAGAAAGGAUCUCGAAGAAGGAAAUCCAAUUCCACUACGCUAUGUGAAAUUCCAGAAUGUUCAAAAUCUUCAGAUUUUUGUAAAAGACAAUCAAAGUAAUAGUGAAACUACACGGAUCGAUCAUUUAACGAUUAUUGGUUCUCCAAUAUCCACAACAAACAUGGGAGAAUUCAAAAGGGUAGUAGGCAAAAAGGGAGAGAGCCACUAAUAGUCAUUGAACAGCUUUCAAUGGAAUUUCUACUAAGUGCUAAUAAUCCUCUACUGAAAAAUGCAUCAUCUGGUUAUUGCAAAGAUUUGCUCGUAAAUUUUGGUGAACUUUUUCCGUACGUUAUACAAUGUACGAGAUCUAUGAAUUUCUUGAUUUGUACUCAAUUCUACAUCUUUCGAUUCAUUUAAUGAUAUACGAAUGGAGUAUUUACUUGCGUUUAAUAAACUCAUUAUUGGUGCGCAA